GCCCCUUUGUUGCUACCGGAGCCGACGUAUGCUUUACCCGGAAGUUUAAAGUGACCCCUGUAUAUCGCCAUUAGCGAAACGUACUUGGAGCAGUAAGAUCACCUCUCCGGAGACCAUGGGCCGCCACUUUGGAGAUUUGGCCAGGGUCAGGCAUGUGAUCACCUACAGCCUCUCACCGUUUGAACAGAGGGCCUUUCCCAACUAUUUCUCCAAGGGAAUUCCCAAUGUGUGGAGACGAGUCACAGCAUCCAUCUUCAAAGUUGCCCCUCCAAUGUUGGCAAUGUACAUCACCUACACAUGGGGAAACCACGUCCAUGAACAAGGCAAGAAGAAGGACCCCAAACUUUAUGAGAAUGACGAGUAACCUGAGACAGAGAAGUUGGUGGACAUCUGUCAUCAAAUAUAUCGCUGUCUGUUUUUGAGCUUAAAUAUUAAAUAUUUAUUUUAUUCAUUCCAAUAAAAUUCAAGAUGCUAUCGCCUA